UUCGGCGCCGCCCUCUGUUAAUGCAGCAUGGGCGAUAAUACCAGACCCGAGAGUUACAGCUGAAGAAGCAGAGCUAACUCACUGUUCACGAUUUUGGUCGACUGAGCGAAAGUGAUGGUCCAACAAUGCCGAUAGUGGAUAAACUCAAGGAGGCGUUAAAACCGGGCCGAAAGGAAACCGGAGAUGAGGGUGACCUCAACAAAUUGUUGGCUUCUUCUGCCAAGAAGGUUCUUUUGCAGAAGAUAGAGUUCGAGCCAGCUAGCAAAGGUUUCUCUUAUCAACUGGACAGCUUAAAGAACAAGUAUGUGAUCCUCAAUCCAAGGAAUGAGGGUGCCACAGGCCAAAAGGCCACAGAGCCCCCCCAGAUUAAGAGGCAAGUCUCGGAGAACUUUGUUGGGGGUCAGAGCGAUGGGAUCCCAGCACCACAGAAGAUGCUCUUCCAAGGGAACAAGCUUACUCUCAAAUGGGAGCGUGUCUACAGGGUGGGAGCCGGCCUCCACAACCUUGGAAACACCUGCUUCCUCAACUCCACCGUGCAGUGUCUCACAUACACCCCACCACUUGCCAACUACUUACUCUCAAAGGAGCAUAGCCGAGCCUGUCAUCAGUCUGGCUUUUGUAUGAUCUGUAUCAUGCAGAACCAUAUCAUCCAAGCUUUUGCCAACACAGGCAAUGCCAUCAAGCCUGUCUCCUUCAUCAGAGAUCUGAAAAAAAUUGCCCGACAUUUUCGCUUCGGAAGUCAGGAGGAUGCUCAUGAGUUUUUGCGGUACACCAUCGAUGCCAUGCAGAAAGCCUGUCUCAAUGGCUACCCAAAGCUCGACAGACAGACCCAGGCCACUACACUGGUUCACCAGAUCUUUGGAGGUUACCUCAGGUCAAGAGUGAAAUGCUCUAUUUGCAAAAGUGUGUCUGACACAUAUGACCCAUACCUGGAUAUUGCCGUGGAGAUUCGACAAGCAGCAAAUAUUGUGCGAGCCUUGGAGCUGUUUGUUAAACCUGAUGUGUUGAGUGGAGAGAAUGCCUACAUGUGUGCUAAGUGCAAAAAGAAAGUGCCAGCAACCAAGCGCUUCACAGUCCAUCGGACAUCCAAUGUACUGACCCUGUCACUGAAGAGGUUUGCUAACUUCAGCGGUGGCAAAAUAACAAAGGAUGUUGGGUACCCAGAAUUUCUGAACAUCCGGCCCUACAUGUCUCAGAGCUCAGGUGAUCCGGUUAUGUAUGGCCUCUAUGCUGUUCUAGUGCACUCUGGAUACAGCUGUCAUGCUGGCCACUACUACUGCUAUGUCAAAGCCAGCAACGGACAAUGGUACCAAAUGAACGAUUCAAUGGUGCACUCAAGUAACAUUAAAGUGGUCUUAAACCAGCAGGCGUACGUGCUGUUUUACCUGAGGAUCCCUGAAACCAAGAAGAAUGCAGACGGACACAGCAUCAAACAGGGACUGUUGCAUCAGGGCAAGAACAGCGCAUCAUCUGAACAGAUAAAGAGGUCCAACUUGAAUGGGCCUCUCUCCUCCCCACAGAUCACAAAGAAACUUGAGCCUGCACAACUGCGUAAGAUCCAGUCUGUGGACGGUGGUUUGGGCCUGCCAAUUUCCAGGAAUGGUGUGAACACUCAACCACAACCCAGACAUAACUGGUCGUCCUCCUCCAGUGGCCCACUGAAACUCCCGGGUGGACCCACGGUCAUCGAGGAACCUUUCAAGAAGCUGAAGAAGCCUUCUCCACAGAGCCAAGCGCAGUCCCGUAGCAGUACACCAACCCCAUCCAAUAACGGGGUUGGUAGAACUGAGGGAGACAAAAAGCAAGGUGGUGAGGGCAGAGGCAUCGCUGCAUCUACCUCAUUUAAGUCUUUGUCUGACUCGUCCUCUGCCGACACCACAGAGUCAAAGGAAUCUGCGUCUCCCAAGAGUGCGCCAGUAGGAGAGAUGCCCUCCACCCCUCGCAAAGGAUCCAAUGGCCUGGCUUCUCCAGCCAAGAGUGUGGAGCGCUCUCAGAGCACAGAGGAGACGAAGACGGCGAAAAUAAAAACCCCAGCCCUCGGCAACAUCACAUCUGAAACCACCAGCACCAUGUCACCUCCACCUGCCAAGAAACUGGCCCUGUCGGCCAAGAAGGCUCGCAACUGGAGUCCGAGCAGCAUUGAUGCUCUGCCCCGUUUGUCAUGCCAGCUGUCCAGUGACACCACACAUCAAAAUCAGCUUAAUCCCCUCACCUCUGCCUCAACCUCUCACACUCACAGAGCUGGUCCAUUCCAUUCCCCCAAAGUCCAGUCAUCACGUUUUGCCCACUCAAGUGGGUCCUUCAAUCAGCAGAGCCCUCAGAAACAAUCCCCUCUCUCCACACUGCAAAAACCAAACUCCAGCCUUUCUCUCCAAACCAAUGGCCUUCACAGUCCCAGCCCAAAGAGCCCCAAGUCUUCCAACAACCUCAUCUCCAUGGUCCAAGAGCCAGACCUCAGCAGCCCUUUGACUCUAAAUGUCAUCAAAAAGAAGAAGAAGAAAAAGAAGCGACGCCAUUCUGAAGUGGAAGGUGACACACAACCAGCCACGUGCCCCGAUGCCGGGAUAACGGCGGACCUCGAGGAAUCGGUGAGUGAAAAGAAGCACAAGAAGAAAAAGAAAAAGCGGAAUAGGGAGACUGACGAUGAAGAGAAGGUGAAGGAGCGGGAGGGUGUCCCAUCUCAUUUGGACACAUCAAAGCAGCAGCAGGAGGAGGACUGGUGUCAAGGCGGCAUGUGGAGUCUAUCAUCCAAUCCAGCAGCAGAACAGUCUAAGCAAAAGCCUCAAUUAGCUUCCACUACUCCAACAGAGUGUGAGUCAAAUCAUAAUGAAGAGGGAAGAGACCCUUUGUUGUUGAAGAGGAAGAAGAAGAAAAAGAAGAAGCAACCGGUGGAGGCUCUACAGUGCACAACCUCGGCAUGUUCUGCAACAGAAAGCAGUUCUGAGACGAAGGCUGCGGUUGUUCAGAAUGAUUCGGGAGAUACAAACAUUUUGAAAAAGAAAUUAAAGAUGAAGAAGAAGAGGCUAAAAGAAGAUGUGGGACAGUGGGACGAGAGCAGACGAAGUCCCGGUGGGCAGAAUGAUGAUUGUGAAACGGGGGAGCCCCCUGCAAAAAAGAGCGCCAUGGAGAACGGCAAACAAAGUGCAGCUAAAGUGGUUGUGUGGGACAGCCAAGUCAAGGAUGGCUACAAGCGCAGCCAGGCUCCAGCAACUGAUGCAAGCACUUUAGGAGACAACACCCCGACUCCUGCUGUGUCUGUAGCCUGGGAUGGAAAAAAGACGAGUGGUGUGGUAGAGGAGCUGCUCAGGAACGCCACAGACAAGGCUUACGGAGCCAACGUCCUCAGCUGGGAUGGAGAGGUGUCUGCAAUCAGUAAAGAUGCCAUUGAAGACAUCCGCCAUGCAAAGAGGGACACUGUGAUAGAUGAGUGGGAUGAAGACUUUGACAGGGGAAAGGUGAAGAAAAUUAAAAAUUACAAAAGAGAAAGUUGGAGGAGUGGCAGCAGCAUCUUUCAGAAGAUCCAAGACCGGAAGAACAAGUGGUCUGUAACACCGGGAGGGAAGAGAGUUUUUGGCAUCCGUCGCUGAGAGUUGCUGAUGAGGUCGUGCAAACUGGAAAUUGAGACAAAACUGUAUACCAAACUUAACAAACUUCACAGCCCUUUUCUCCUUUUUUUUUUUUUUUUUUUUUUUUUUUUUUUUUUUUUUUUAAACAAAUCAAAUUAUUUUAACUUUUUUAAUCUCCACUUCAGACCUUUUUUCAAGAAUAGGUAUGAGCCAAAAGCAGGACAACAGUUUUACACCACUUUAGUGUCAAAUUUAAAUUAUCCAUCCCUUUUUAAUCCAAAAGUGGCAGUAAGUGGCAGUCGUGGCACUUUUUAAUUCAUUCAGUAUUUGACAGAAAACAUGAAUUACUGUUUGUUGACGUCCUCUGAGCUAAUAUAAAUGAUGAUAAUACUGUAUAUGAGAAACAAAAUCUGCAAAUCCAAAACAGUAAUUGAAGCCUUUACACACACACUCUGCGCUUCAUAAUCCACAUUGAAAGUGAUCUUUUUUUUUUUUUUGAAAACCUGCGCCUAAAAUUGGACUAAAUUACAAUGAUCUAAGCCAGUAUAUAAUAAAACUAUAAUUAUUUUUUAUGUUAUACCUUUUAUCUUUUUUUCGUGGUUUGUUUCUCAGGACCAAGUUUUGCCCACGUGUUGGUGAAAUUUGGGUUUAAAAUAGUCUAAUGUUUAAGAAAGUAUAAUGCAGCAAAUGUUUUGGUUUUAUCUUGGUUAUGUACUUGACAAUUUAUUCAGACUUAAUGCGGAUACAUUUAUGACCACGAAUUUGUGUUCAUACAGUUUGUAUAAACAUUAUGGCUGUUUGUGGACACAACACAUUAGUGCAAUCCCAGGGAAGAAGUGGUUGUGGUUGUAUGAGGAAAUGGGACAAGAUCACUUAUUUUUUUGCUGUACUAUCUAUCCGACUGUAACUCAUCUCCUCAAUCCAAACUUCAGAAAUCGGUGUAAGGGGUUUUAAACUUUCUAUUCUCUGUACCGACCCUCACCACAAACACUUCUUUACCAACGUACUCAAAUAAAAAGGGUUACAUUUUAUACUUCAGGCACUGUGUUGAAAUGGGACUGCCACAUGCUAAUUAUUUACUUUCUCCUGUCUCUUAUAUGUCUAUGCAAUUUUCUGAUGCUCACGCCGGUCACCUACAAACUGGGCUAGGACUCAGGAAUCAGUCAUCCUGUAUCCCACCUUCAUCAGACACACACACACACACCCCUCCAUUUCAUAUCAUGGACCACCAUGUUGCAUCCUGUACAUCCUGUAGAAAGUCUUUUUAUACAAAGUAUUUCAGAUGUGGAAACCAUAGGAUCACCUCGCACCUCUCCAGGCACAAAUGUAUAGAGAAACUUAAUGACAUAAACAAAGCUAGCUUUGCCAGUGUAGAAGACUGUACAGUCCAUCUUGUGCUACCGGUUUCCCUUCCCAAUGCUGUAAAGAUUUGCCCUUUGCAUUUCUUUUCAUUCUAGAGAUGUUGCCUUGAAUUGGCUAUUUAAAAAAACAGUUUAGAAUUUAAUGUUAUAAAUAUAGAAUUUAAAGAAGAAAAGACAGAUCUUUAAUGUGCUACUAAUACGUGGAUCACUUGGUGGGUGUUCACUUGGGGAAUUUAUCUGAAGACGCGUGUGUUCGGUUGUGUAAACGAGAGUUUGUCUUGUUCUCAUGCAAGAACGUCCCUAUGUCACUGUAGUGUGUACAGUAAGUGAGAGUCUAUGGCUGUCUAAUUUCCGUAGGACGCGUUUGUAGGAUGUGACUCUGGAACCGACUCAGAGGAGCAAUUGCCAGUGUGAAUGGAGGUUCACAUGUUUGCAUCGAUGGUUCUCUAUUUUGCACCACCUUUUCUGACCAAGGAGGAGACCUUUCAUAAUGAAAGUGGCUCUUACCCAUACUAGUUAACUAUGAAGGUGCAAUAAAGUUGUGACUUUUGCGA